UCCUCCAUCCCGAGUCUCAUGAAGUCACUGGCCAACAGCCGCUCACUGGGACUGAAGCUCGGAGGGGAGAGAGCUUCACACUGUUUAGGAUCUCUGGAGCGACCGAGGCGCCUUGCGCAGUUCGCUUAGGGUGACCAGCUGCAGCAGCCUCUCUUCAGCCUCCUCUCUCUGGAGACCGUAUGGAAGUACCCGGCAGCCGGAAAACAUGCACCUAACCUCCUACACGAUCCAACAUCCCGGUUUUUUCUCUAUGAGGAGGUGAACCUUGCAUCGGGAGGGAUCAUUUUUCGGUCUGCCUGUUUGUCUCCCUUUUCCUCUGUCUUACAGUUAACCGCUCGAUUUUUUUUGAUUUUUUUUGAAGUCUUCAUAAACGAGGAGCUUUUGUUUCUCAAAGUCUACCUGCUUGUCCAGCACCCAUGAAUUCGGAUAAAAAUGCGUACCUCGGCAAAGACAAGGGCAUCAUGCGGAAGAGAGCUCUGCUCCUUCGGAAGGGUUGCAGCUUCGAGAUAACCAGCUCCGCCUCAGAGGACCUGGGCUGCAGGCGUGGAGACUUCAGCAGGAAACACUAUGGUUCGGUCGAGCUGCUGAUUUCCAGUGAUGCAGAUGGGGCCAUUCACAGGGCGGGACGCUUCAGGGUGGAGAACGGUUCAUUAGAUGAGGCUUCAGACUACACUCCUGGAACAUGGAGGAGAACGGACGUCCAUCUGGAAAACCCAGAGUACCACACCAGAUGGUACUUUAAGUACUUCUUGGGAAAAGUCCACCAGAACUACGUGGGUACAGAUGCCGAGAAAAACCCUUUCUACCUGUCGGUCGUCCUCUCGGACCAGAACAACCAGCGGGUCCCUCAGUACCGAGCCAUUCUCUGGAGAAAAACGGGAACUUUGAAGAUCAGCCUCCCGUACAGUCCGACUAAAACACUAUCAGUCAAGUCCAUCUUAAGUGCAAUGAACAUGGACAGGUUUGAGAAAGGCCCCAGGGAGAUCCUCAACCCAGAGAUUCAGAAGGACCUGCUGGUGUUGGAGGAACAGGAGGGUUCAGUCAAUUUUAAAUUUGGUGUGCUGUUUGCCAGAGACGGACAGCUCACAGAUGACGAGAUGUUUAGCAAUGAGACGGGGAGCGAGAACUUCGACAAGUUCCUCAAUUUGCUGGGCGAUACUGUCACACUGCAGGGGUGGGCAGGCUAUCGAGGAGGGCUCGACACCAAGAAUGACACUACAGGACUUCAGUCCAUCUACACGGUGUAUCAAGGCCAUGAGCUCAUGUUCCACGUCUCCACCAUGUUGCCCUACUCUAAGGAGAACAAGCAGCAGGUGGAACGGAAGAGGCACAUUGGAAACGACAUCGUUACCAUCGUAUUUCAGGAAGGGGACGAUGCGUCGUCGUCCUUCAAACCAUCUAUGAUCCGAUCACACUUCACCCAUAUUUUUGCUUUAGUCAGGUAUAAUAGCCAGAAUGACAGUUACAGGUUGAAGAUUUUCUCGGAGGAGAGCGUUCCACUGUUUGGACCCCCUCUUCCAUCUCCGCCUGUAUUUACUGACCACCACGAAUUCAGGGACUUUUUAUUAGUCAAAUUAAUCAAUGGAGAGAAAGCCACACUGGAGACGCCGACAUUUGCCCAGAAACGUCAGCGGACCCUUGACAUGCUGAUCCGCUCGCUCUACCAAGACCUCAUGCCUGACCUGCACAAGGUUCCCUUUUCUCCCCAGAACAUGUUAAACCGGAGGUCUUUCAGCGACGUGCUGCCUGAGUCUCCGAAGUCGGCGCGUAAGAAGGAGGAGGCCCGGCAGGCUGAGUUUGUCCGAAUAGGGCAGGCUCUGAAGCUGAAGACCAUCGUGAGAGGAGAUGCACCAACAAGCCUUGUUACCACAGGCCUGUGCAGAAAAGAGCCAUGGGAAUCUCAGUCUUUCAGCAGCACGUUCCCCUACGAGAUCAUAUGUGCCGACUCGUGGGGUCAGUCUCUGCUGGUGGCCACCGACACAGCGGGGGUCUUGAUGCUGGAUGGCCCUGAUCCGCCGCUGCCCGGUGCUGAGACGCCGACGCUUCCCCCUGUGCAGGUGUUUGACAAAACCAUGGCAGUGAAGCAGAUGCACAUUCUGGAGCCUCAGGACCUUCUGAUUACCCGGGCAGACAAAGGAAAGGACGCUCGGCUGUACGUGUUCAGACUCGGCGGCAUCAAGAGAGGCCUGGAGGAACGGCAGCUCGUCAGAAGCAAGUGUGACUGCAGGGAGAACAAACUGGAAAAAACUAAAGGUUGUCAUUUGUACUCUAUCAACACCCACCACGGCUCCGAGCUGAGAAUAGUAGCAGCCAUCAGAACCAAACUCCUCCUAAUUACCAGGAAGCAUCCACGUUUCAGCGCUGUCGCCACGGGAGCAGACUCCCCGGUGGAGGAGUUUCAGUACAUACGGGAAAUCUGUCUGUGUGACCCGCCUGUGGUGAUGGCGCUGGUAGACGGUCCGACCGGGGAGAACGACAACAUGAUAUGCGUGGCCUACAAACACCAGUUCGACCUGAUCAAUGAGAGCACCGGGGAUGCCUAUCGACUUCAUCACGUCGACGCCAACAGGGUAAACUUUGUAGCAGCCAUUGAUGUGUAUGAAGACGGCGAGGCGGGCCUCCUCUUGUGUUACAACUAUAUUUGUUACUAUAAGAAAGUUUGCCCCUUUAACGGCUCCACACCAAUGAUCCAGUCCAACACUUCUGAUUUCCACUUCAGCUGGAACCAGAUGCCCAACGCUAUCGUUUGCGCUUUUCCUUACAUCCUCGCCUUCACAACGGAUUCCAUUGAGAUCCGACUGGUGGUCAAUGGAAACCUUGUUUACACAGCAGUGGUCCCGGAGCUGCAGCUGGCUGCCUCGAGGUCGGACAUCUAUUUUGUCUCGUCGGCGCCGGUGAGCUCAGCCUCCAACUGCAGUUCCAGAGACACCAGCUCUCAGAGCUCCCCCCAGACGCCCACAGGCUACGAGAUGCCCGUAUUUCCUUCACCGCUCGGAGAUGAUUCAAUACGGAUCCCCUAUGGUACCAAGCUUUCCCUGUACAUGUCUAAGGACGCUGAAGGUGAAGCAACAUGUAAGCAAAUCUUCAAGAUUCCUCUGUGUAACCUGGUGGGCCGCAGCAUCGAAAGGCCCCUGAAGUCCCCCCUGGUCAACAAAGUGAUGACCGCGCCCGCCCCCGCCAUGAUGGCGCCCACUCCGCUUAUCUCCGCCACACACUCGCUGUCCCUGUCCCGCAUGGAGAUCAAAGAGAUAGCCAGCCGCACCCGGAAGGAGCUGCUGGGCCUGACCGAGGAGCCGAGUGGGAAGUCGGACAGCGGAUCAGUCAAACAGAGAAAGAUGAGCAAAAAGAACACUGACGAGGAUCCCAAAGCUAGAGCGCUGACGUCAACAAACAGCGACAGCAGGUUAGCCUCAGACUCGGUGGACGCGGAGCUGGACGUCCAGCUGUGCUGCUCGUCCGCCUUGGAGGCCGAUCCGGAGAUGGUGGUGCUGCAGGAGGGCAGUCCGCCUCUUGCCAGCGCGUUUGCCCUCUCCACGUCCUUCGAAGACGAUGUCCUGGACCUAAAGUGAAGACAAUCCUGUUGUGCACUUCUCUCCUCGCAUACCUUUGUGCUGUCACUGUCAUUUUGGUUUUUUCACUUUUGUUUUUUGGGGGGGUUUUUGCCUUUUAAAAUGGUUUCUUGAAAUGCAUCCCUGCCUUCUAAUAUCCUGGGUCUCCCCAUCCAUCAGGGUGUUGGUGGGAGUGACGAAAAUAUGUCUCCGCUCAUGUUUACCGUGCGUCACUUCAUCGGGUAUUUGUGUGGCCUGCCCCGCCCCCCUCAACAACAACAAAAAAAAGGCUUUGAGGUUCUGCAAGAUGCCCGGGUGUGUUUCAGCAUCUACAGUCGCUUUGAGAGAAGGGCAAACUGAACGUAGAUCUGCAAACAUCUGUGCAUCUGAACACGGUUAACCUCCAAAGCCGCCGACUCCGUGUUGUAUAUUAUUUCAGAUCUGCUUGCAAAUGUUGUAUGAUACCGCUCUGUAUGUGUACAUCUGUUUAUACACCGAACUGCAUACAGUGCCAGGCACACCUGUCUGAUCUGUUUAUACAUAUUUAUAGAUAUAUAGAUAUAUAUAUAUAAAAUUAUUUUGCUCCAGCCUUCAGAGAUAUUAUGAGUUUUUUUUUUGUUUGUUUGUUUUUGGUUUUUUUGCUCUGCACCGAUCCUCACUCACCACUAGACAGGUUGACAGGGCAGGAGGUAAAAAUCUCCCUUAAGUGCCAUUUCCCAGCAUCCAUCACUGAUCCACUCACAACAGCCAGGGCAUCGUGGCGUCUGACAGCCAUGACAGUAGUCCACAUCACACGAGUUUGUUUGCUGCUGAAGAAACCCCGACACUAAGGCCAGCAUGGCUGACGUCUGGUGCUGAAGAAGUACACAAACAGAAAUGAGACAUAUCUGCUGUGUGCUGCAUGGUUGGUUGAAAUUUGAGUAAAGCUUUAGAAGGAAAUGAAAUAAUUCAAGUAGGUUUAAAUUAUAAGGCAAGACUUUUUUUUUUUUACCAAUUUUAAGUGAAAACCAUAUAUAUGUUUCUCUCUGUAACACAUUAUCCUUGUUGAAGGAUAACAAGGAUAAUGAGACCUCAUUGAGGCCCUUUUCUGGACUUUUCAGAAAAAAGGCCCAAUAUGCACGCUUUCUCUACUUGUUUUCAUUUGAACUUAUAGAAAUAGUCCACCUAAUAUAAAACAUUAAAUAACCCUAAAUGAGAAACAUUUGCGAAGUACAUUCAUCCUCAAAUUUGUCCCUUCUUCCCAACUCCCACCUGUGCUUCUUGAAUUCCCACCUUCAGGACGGAUUCACAGCACCUUGCAAAAGUAUUCCUACCCAUUGGACUUUUUAAAAGUUAGAAUCACAAAAUUCAAUUUAUUUUAUUGGGAUUUUUAAGUAAUAAACCAACACAAAAUAGCCUAUUGUUAGGAAUUGCAAAGAAAGUUAUGCGUAGCGAUCAAAAUGGUGAGCAAAUGAAAAUCGGAUAUGUGUUCAUGUGUUUUCUGUUGGAACGUGUGUCUAUCAGUUCGGUUCAUUUAUAUUACGCCGGAUGACAACAAAUGCCUGAAAGCACCUCGAUCACACACAUAAAUUCAAAUUCAAAUGCAUUCAAAGUCUGUCCUAGUAAAAUUACAGCAAAGUUUAGUUUAAUAUCCCAUUUAGUUAAAGGUUUUCUAAUGUAACUCAGCUGAUUGCAUCAAGUCACUGACUCUGCAGCAAUUUCUUCUCCAGAACAAGCAUCUGCUCUGAGUCGCUACCAGAUGAAUCUCAAGACUCAUAUUUUUCUCUAGUGAUUUAGGAAAAUAGUUCAAACUCAGUCAGCAAUUCUUGUCACGGAUUUUCAGUUGCAUUUCGGUUUUAACUUUGACUAGGCCAUUCUAACAAAUGAACAUAUCUUGAUCUGAACUGUUGAAGCUUGCUCUAGCUGUACAUUUAAGGUUAUUUUCCUGCUAGACGAUGAAGCUCCACUCCAGUCUCUCGCUGUUUAGCUUCAUUUAUCUUCUUAUCAACACAGCUUUCCUGUUCCUGCUAAAGAAAUGCAUUUCAACAGUAUGAUGCUGCCACCGCCAUAUUUUAAUAUGGUAAUGUUGUCUUCAGGGAAAUGCACAGAGAUAAGUUUUCCACCUCACAUAGCCAUUCCAUGACCUGAGCACAUUUUCUAUCAUUUCCUUUCUUUUUUACUUUUUACAAUUAAAUGCUGCCUUGUGAUGGUCUAUCAGUAAAACUCUUUCAAAAUGUUUUGAAGUUUGUGGUUGUAAUGUGACAACUUUAGAUGGUGUAAGAUUUAAGCUGCAUUCAUUUCAUAUUAAAUUCAACUCCACCGGCUCUUUUGACAUUCGCUUUCCAAGCUACGUCUUGGCCACUCUUUGUGUCCAAAUGACCAUCUGCAACAUAAGUGCCUGAAAACAUCUGCGAAAAGGCCUCACAGCAGCCAAAGACAGACAUUCUUGAUCAGACUCGCAUUUAAUCCAUCUGGUGAUGUACACCGAAGAAAGACUCUGUGUCCCUGUUAUCAUAUAGACCUCUUAGAUCACAGGUGUCAAACUCCAGUCCUCGAGGGCCGCUGUCCUGCAGUUUUUAGAUGUGCCACAGGUACAAAAUGCUGGAAUGAAAUGGUUUAAUGACCUCCUCCAUGUGUAGAUAUGUGUUUCAGAGCCUUGGUAAUGACCUAAUUAUUCUAUUCAGGUGGUUCAGCAGAGCCACAUCUAAAAGUUGCAGGACUGUGGCCCUUGAGGACUGGAGUUUGACACCCCUGUCUUAGAUCAUUAGUAUGGGAACCUUACAACCCAAUAUGAAGGAAAUGAGGCAAAACUCAAGGUCAGACAGAUAAUGUGUGUUAACACACAACUAUACGUCUGCGGCAUUGUUGCACAUCUUUUGUUAAAAAUACAAUUAAUCUGCUAAUUUGCUUUAUCCUAUCCAUAAACCUUAGAGCUGCGAUAUGCAAACAUCUCAUUGCGACACUUGUCAAGCACCAACAAAUAGCUCAAAUAAGCUUUCUCCAAUUUCCUUUUUGGACCUCACUUUUUUUUUUUUUCUUUUUUUUUAACAACAAAACAGACUAACAAGCUAUAAUUCGGAAGCUUUUAUUGAAAGACAGCUUCUGCCUGGAUUUCAUCCGUUUUGCAACUGGCAGGACCAGGUGGAAACUAUCUUUUCCGUUUACCUCUGCAGUGGGGUAAAACGUUUCCCGUCGGUUUUGCCGUAGUGGAAGACGAGGUUGUAUGCAAACUAAUCGACAUUAUAAAAAUCAGCUUGUGUCUGACUCCUUAAAAUACACGCAGCUUCGAAGACGUGAGGAGCAGCAGAGUAGGACCAAAAUAGAAAGCGUAGAAGAGAUUCACACUAGGAGCUGUAAGGCAAGUAAGAGAGUGUGUCUACAGAUAUUAUUAUACAUUUCACAAGAAAACAGCUGUGAGAUGUUGCAUGAACCCUUAUCCUCACUCCAUUUCCCCUCAAGCUUUUCAUCUGUUUCUCUGCCUGCCACAGCAUGAAUUCCUCCAAAAUGGUUACCAAACUUAAAAGGAGGGGGGGGAACUACUACUUUAUUAUUUUUUUUAAUCUCUGAAUUAAAGGUGAUUAAGGGAAACACUGCUUCACUAACUCGUGUGAGUCCUGUUUCAUCUCACUAUGCUCAAGUUACUCUUCCCCUCUGCUUUUUCACUGUUUUUUGUUUUUCUUUUUGUAAUAAAAUCUAUAUUUCCUGUUUAGAUUGUCGCUGAACUUCUCUGUGAUAUCAAAACGAAAGAAAAUGUACAAAAAAAAUUACACCAAGUGUCUUAAAAUAUUGUAUCGCCAUCGUUUUUAAUGCCAAGUAAUACUUGUAAAUGUUUGUGCAUCAAAUGUGGCCUCAAAUGAAACUUAACUAUAUUAUUAUUAUUAUUAUUUAAACUGUUAUUUUUAACAAGUGCUGUAGACCACUGCUGUGAAAGUAGUUGAUUAUGUUCAUUAAUAUGUAAUAAAUAUUUAUGGAAUUUCAA